UCCAUGUAUAAAUGGUGCUACUUGCAUUGACUUGGUAGACAGUUAUCAAUGUGAAUGUGCACCUGGAUAUGUUGGUGACAACUGUGAAACUCUUCAAGACAUGUGUAUUUCUGAUCCUUGUGAUAAUGAUGGUACAUGUAUUCCUCAAUCUAAUGGCUUUAUCUGCAGUUGUGCUCCAGGAUGGACAGGAUCUUACUGUGAAGAUAGCAUCAUGACUGCAGCGAUAAUCCAUGUGAAAAUGGUGCAACAUGUCAUGAUGAACACAUGUCAUUUAGAUGUGAAUGUCCACCUGGCUACAGUGGUCCGACAUGUGGUGAGGACGUUAAUGAGUGUCUACAAGAUGAUUUAUGUCAGAAUGGAGGUACAUGUUAUAACAGUUAUGGCGGUUACUUCUGUGAUUGUCCAGAUGGCUUUACUGGAUUGCAGUGCGAGACUAAUAUUGAUGAUUGUGAGGAAGGGCCGUGUGAGAAUGACGCAACUUGCGUAGAUCUUGUGAACGGAUACCGUUGUGAAUGCCCUCCAUUCUAUGAAGGCUUUAACUGUGAAAAGCGAAAGCUCCCUAACUUUGAUUUGUAUUUCUGCAUGGAAGACAGAGCCAGCGCACAGUCCCCUACUUUACCAUUUUCUGCCACAGUUUAUACAUACAUGUUUUGGAUCCGAUAUGCUUGUGAAGAUGAGAACUCAAAUGCCACUCCAUUCCAACUUUUGGAGUCAGAGAAUGCUGAUAUGAGUGACUAUAAUGUGCGACAUGAAAUACCGACAAGCAGUUCAUUUAAAAUACUGGAAGAUACCAAAUGGCACCAUGUAGCUAUGUCUUGGAGUUCCGCCAGUGGUGAUCUGCAUUGGUACAUUGAUGGAUCUGAGGUACUGAGUAGAGAAAAUGUGGAUACUGGAGUCACCACUCCAACAUGGUUGAAGAUCUUCUUUGGACGACCAUAUGAAUCAACUACUAACACGAAGGCAUUCCACGGUGAAAUCAGUCAGUUCAAUAUGUACAGCCGUGAGUGGUCAGCUGAGGAGAUAUACAAUGCAUCCAAUGACUGCUCCAAGCGAGAUGAACUUGGAGAUAUUGUAGACUGGGUAUAUUGUUCUUAUCUGUUGGUUGGCUGUUCACACGUUAUUAGACCUUCUAUCUGUGGUGACAGUUCCUGUCCAGCUGAUGACAUUUAUAGAGGAUGUGCCUGCACAGACAAAGAACCACCAGAAGUUAUUGAAUGCCCAGAUGUUGUUCGAAUUGUUGAUCCAGAAAACCACCUUGUACCAUGUGACUAUGAGGAGCCAUCUUUCCUUGAUAACGUUGGUGUUGCUGAUAUGACAUGUUCCAUUGUUCGUGGAACCACUUUAGCAUGGGGUGUUUACUACGUAAAUUGUAUUGCUACUGAUGAAGCAGGAAACUCUGCAGUAUGUGGAUUCUCUCUCUAUAUUAUUCCAUUUGACUGUGAAGACCCAGCACCACCAAUUAAAGGUAGCAAGACCUGUGACAUGUGGCACAGUGGUCAUUUUUGUAAUAUUGCCUGCAAUGCUGGACAUGAAUUCAGUGAAUUACCAAAACCAUUUUAUGUAUGUGGAAACGACGGAUCUUGGGAUCCAGCCAAUCCUGAUGAACCAUUUGUCUUCCCUGGAUGUUCAAGAACUGACCCUGCAGAUGCUCUAUGUGAAGGAAGCAUCAUGUAUACAGUGAGUGACUGUAACCCUGAAGAUCCUUAUGGUUUGGAAGAACCAAAUAGUUUGCUUCGGCAAGCAUUCAUUGACCGCAUGACCUUUGCUGAUACAAUGUAUGGUAUCUGUGGUGGCACUGGCUGUGAUUUCACCAAUACUGUAAUUACCUGUGAUGAGGUAUCAAACAGACGCAAACGUCAAGCGGAUCAGACAUCAGCAGAAAUAGCAUUUGCUUUCAAUUCCAGUACAUCUGCAAAUGAUGGAAGCAGCAUAGAUAAUACCUUGGAGACUGCAGCAUUUAAUGGUGAUCUUAAUGCCCCUGGAUUUACAGCUGAUCCAAACACUAUUGAUUCUACAACAAGUUUCUCCUGUCCAGAAGGUCGAAUAUUAAAUGGUGAAAGUUGUGUGUAUUGUGCUGAGGGAGAGUUUCACAAUGUGACAGAAGAUGAGUGUCAGAAAUGUCCAAAAGGUAGCUACCAAAGUGAAGAAGGCAAAGUUUCUUGUAACCAAUGUGGUGAACAGAAGACUACAGCUGGGAAAGGAGCCACAUCAGCGAGUGAAUGUCUUGUUAGCUGCAAUGUUGGCUAUGCUAAUAAAGAUGGCCGCUGUCAGCCUUGUCAGAUUGGUAUGUACCAAGAUGAACCCGCUAAAUUCUCAUGUAAAGCGUGCCCUAGUGGGAUGUCCACUGCCAAUGCCGCUAGUAUAUCUCUUGAUGAUUGUGAAGUGAAGUGCAUGCAAGCUGGUAAACAACUUGGAGUGAGUGGUAACUGUGAACCAUGUCCUGUUGGUACCUAUGGUUUACAGGGUGUAACAUCUUGUGCACGGUGUCCAUAUGGAUUUACAACCUCUGUGACCGGUGCUGUUUCAGCUGAUGAAUGCAAUGUUGUUGAGUGUAACAGUGGUAGUUACAAAAAACGACCUAGUGAUAAUUGUGAACCAUGUCCUAUUGGUGAAUAUCAGUCACGUCUUGGUGCAUCUUACUGUUACAAGUGUCCACCUCAUUACACCACCAGUACCGUUGGUAGCGUCAGAGAAGAACAGUGUUACAUAUGUGAAGAAGGAGUGCAGUGCAAUCCAGAUCCAUGUGAAAACAACUACUGUGGGAAUGAUGGUACAUGUAGUGUUGAUAGAUUGGGUGAACCAGUCUGUGAAUGUAUAAAUGGUGCUAGCGGAGACAGAUGUCAAGUUGCUGAACUUUGCAACAACUACUGUGAGAAUGAAGGUGUUUGUAGCAUUGAUAGUCGCGGCUAUCCCGCAUGUAGCUGUGAAUCAGAGUGGACCGGGGAUAGAUGUCAUUUGGAGGCAAAGAAAUUUGGUGGUCGAUCCAUUACAAACAAGAAACAGUUAGCUGGUAUUGUUGGUGGAUCGUUGACUGCAGUCAUUGUCCUUAUUAGUAUAGCAUACUUCCUGACAGUCAGACACCUGAAAAAGAAACGUGGUCCACUGUACCCGAGUGAACCACCCCCAGAGUAUAAAACUCAUAUUAUGUAUGACAAUGCUAUAUACGAUGAAGUGGAAGACUUUAAAAAACCUGGUGAGCUAGAAUCUGAACCCCAGUCACAGGCAGCUGUCGACAAACAAAUUUAUCAUUACAAUUACGCGUACCAAGAAGAGAAAGAACCGCAGCCAUCCACAUCGGGUUCUUCUGGGAAUUCUACUCCAAAGCAGCUACCAACUCAAGGUGAUGUACAUGUUGAUGUAACAACACCUGGUGGAGUACGGUUCGAUUCUUAGAUACAAGAAGUGAUGAAGAAAUAGGAAUCAUUGGAAGUACGUCUGUAGCAGCUACAUGUAUAUAGCAUUGUUGGAGAAAAAGAAAGGACUGGUUGUCAUACAAAAAUUCAAUAAAUCUAAAAUGAUAAAUGCAGAUUCAUUUCUUUAUCAAAACAUAAUUAAAAUUUUCUCCUUGCUUAAUAGUGGGUGCAAUAUUAACUAUGUUUAGAUUCAUUCUCCAACUUAUUGUGGUAUAACAAUAGUCUUGACUAUUCACUCACGAAAUGAGUUUAUUUUUCAUCAUUUUAUACUGCUAUUAUUAUGGCAAAUAAUUUUGUUUUUGAUAAAGACUGAUUAGAUACCUUGUCAUAAAAAUGUGAAGUAUGUUAAACCCACAAUUUGGCAGGGUAGUUAAUACCAUCUACCUAAGUAGUCUCCAUUAUUAUAUUUUUAAAUAUACAAUACAUAUCAACAUUACAUAUCCCUUAACUUGUAUAUUAUAUCCAUGCAUUUUGUAAUUUAGUGUCUUCAUUGAUGUAUAUAUUUAUAUCUGUUCAUAUGUGUAGCGUAACAUUAGUUGCCAUAUAACCUGAUGUUUACCAUUGUUGCUCAGCAAAGAGUUUGCAAUAUUCAUUGGAGUCCAUGAAAAAAUCCUGUCCAAAUUAGGAAGCAUUUUCCCAUCCUUUAUUGUGUUCAAAGAUGGAUACAAUUAUUUAAAUUUACUUACCGGUAUAAUUAACAUAUAUAACACCAUGUGCAACUAUGCUCAAUAAAGCAGUUUAGAUUUUUGUAGA